ACACUCCGCGUUGGCGUUGUUCGGAGCAUUGGGACAGGGGCAGGAGAGAGUUUGUAACAGUUUAAGAUUUUCGAAAUAAUAUAAAUAUGCAAAACAUCUUGUAGAGACGCCUCACAUGUCGAGGGACUUCUGAAAAAAUAACGACUUUAUACGAAAGGAGUAACAAUUGGCAAACCACAAACGCCCUAUACAUUUGAGGCGUACAAUGACAAAACUUAUAUCCGUCACAAAGACGCAUUUGGAUUUCUAACCGUCUUCGUCGUUUUAUUCAAUAUAGCAGCUUUUAUGUGUGACAUUUCCUCUUAUCAUUUUAGCAGCGAAAAACGUAAAUACGAUUGUUGUGGAGUAACGUUAGCGUUAGUCUUUUUGAUAGCCCACACAAGCUUUAUACUGUUUGCAUAGGGGCUCCCCAACCUAAAUCAGAGCUAGUUAGCUAACUGCUAAGAAGCAACGUAGGAUACAAAAGUGUCGGCCGGAAAAUACUGGCUAACUCAAGAUAGCAAGUUCGUCAGAUUAGCAAUACCAGAGAGGUUACCCGUAUAGUUUCAAACCAUUAACUACCAGAGCAAAAUCAUUCCAACAUUGUACUUGGAUUAUUUCUAACCUUAAGUGCGACAUGCCUCCGAGCAUAGAGAAGGGGCUUGCGAUGGCAAGCAAGGUUAAAGUAGUUAGUUAGCGUUAAUAACCGUACAAGGUAGCGAAAGUACAGUCGAUGUACUAUUAGUGCUAGCAAACGUUGCCGGUGUAGUCGAUUUCCCCUUGACUUGCAGUAGACAGGGUAGUAUAGAAAGACUUCUAAGUUGGCUCACUUCAGCCACGACGACACGGGGAACAUCCUGCACAACAGCAAAUCAAUUUAUUUCUGUCUGGCAAACAAUCAUAGUUUAUUCAAUUGCUUCCAAUACUUUGGUCGCCGACUCGUGCUAGCCAGUUUGCGAUAGCUAUUGAAUGCUGCUUUGUGUUUCACAAAGUCGGCCAUACAGACCGCUAGCAACGCUAGCUUUUCCCUAAUUAAUUUAAAAAUGUCGACUGUACCUAACGAAGCUGUGUUACUGAUAAAAGAUGUUAAGCCUGGAUCGAAAAAUUUAAACAUCGUCUUUAUUGUUUUGGAGAUAGGACGGGUCACCAAGACAAAAGAUGGACACGAAGUGCGCUCUUGCAAGGUGGCAGACAAGAGUGGCAGCAUUGCCAUUUCUGUGUGGGAUGAACUAGGCAGCCUUAUUCAACCCGGAGACAUAAUUCGCCUUACACGAGGCUAUGCCUCGAUUUGGAAGGGAUGCUUAACCCUAUACACUGGAAGAGGUGGAGACCUACAGAAGAUUGGAGAGUUUUGCAUGGUAUAUUCAGAGGUGCCUAACUUCAGUGAGCCAAAUCCAGAGCUGCUAGCCCAAACAAAUAUGCAAAAUAAGACGGGUAAAGGGGAGCAGAGGGGGAACUCUCCGCCUAAUCAGAAUUCAGGUACACACGCACAAACAGGAAACGGUUCGAUGCAGACCUACUCCAGUAACAAUGCUGCUGUGUCUGGACCUCGUGAUCCCGCUUUUGGUGGCCCGGGCCGUGCCAACGGCCGACCACCUGGCAACGGGCCUCCACCAGUGACCAUAGGUGGUCCCCCUGCUCCUCCCAAGCCCUCUGUGACCAUUAGCAAUGGCAGGGACCCUCGACGAGCUUCGAAAAGAUGAGGAGGAACCGCAGAAAAUCUCUUGCGCACACAUCCCCCCCCCCCUUCCACCACUCUCUUCUCCUCCCUGCCCCACUUGUCUUGCUGUCAGGCUCAAUCCAGAUCUGAGCCCCUCAGAAAACAUCACAUUACUGCCAUUUUGAAAAGAUGAGUCCAUCUUGUCCUCAGUUGUCUUGUGCCAUAUAGUUUUCACUAGAUUUGCCACAUUCCUAUUUUCCUCUGAUGAAGCACUGCACUGAGAAGGCCAAAUCAUGGUAUUGACUUGUUCAUAUAAGUUGCCUGUUCCUGACAUUUUAACAGCUAACUAACCACACACCCCUCACAAAGUGUUUUGACCAAUUCAGUGCCAGUUUUAUGCCCGCCAAUGUUUGCCCUCUCCCUUAAAGUGUUGAAUGAGACUUUACACCCUACUUGAACACUUGAUGCACUUUCUAAGUUAUAGAGGAGGCAUUACUGACUUGUGAUAAAACAAUGUUUUGCCAAUGUUGAGACAAGGUCAUCAAAAGUGUCCCUCUUUGGCCAAAGGACACAUUUUAAAAGUAGGAGUGACUGUGUGAAAGAGGUGAUAGUUUGGUUUUUAACAUGUAGGCCUAUUUAAGUAGAAUAAAGACUUGUUCAGAAAGAA